GCUUUCGGGAGCUCCUGUGUUCACUGGGGCAGGCUGUAGGGCUGCGUUACACCUCUCUCUCAUUCCAUCUCUCCCUCCAUCCAACCAUUCCUCUACACCACUUUUACUGGGUGGAAUCUUCGGGGCUGCGCACAUAGCCCCCAUCCCCCUUUGGAUUCCCUAACGUUUCUGUCCCGGCUUGAAGGAGAAGACAGGGGAGAGCGGGAGAAAGCAAGAGAAGAGAGGAUUUAGUGCUGAGGAGAGAGAGAGGGAGAGGAGAGAGGGAUCAUGACUGGACUCUCGGCUGUGUUGAAGAGCUGGGUCGCCCUGCAGACUCUGUGCCUGGCUCUGGCCCAAGUGAGCGGUCCUCCAGGACCUCAGGGCUAUCCCGGCCUGCCUGGGCCCUCUGGUACCCCCGGGUCCGACGGCAUUGAUGGGGAGAAAGGACCUCCUGGUCCUCCUGGCCCAACAGGCUUGAAGGGGGAGCCAGGUGAACCUGGUCCAGGUGGAGCUCCAGGGGAGAAUGGCAUUGACGGUUUGAUUGGAGCAAAGGGAGAUCGGGGUCCUGUCGGGAACCCUGGACCUAAGGGCCAGCCUGGGCCUGGUGGUGAACCUGGACCCACUGGACCCGGACUGCCUGGGCUCGCUGGAGCCCCGGGCCCAAUCGGCCUCCCCGGUAAAAUUGGACAGACUGGAUCUCAGGGCAUAUUGGGAGCAUCUGGACCUCCAGGAAUUCCAGGACCCCCAGGAAAACCAGGACCUCCAGGGAAGUUCUUGGGAGGAGAGGAAGGCAGCGCAGACUUCCAGUGUCCAAUCAACUGCCCAGCAGGGCCUAAGGGUCCCCAGGGACUGCAGGGGGUCAAGGGACACAAAGGUCGUGCUGGUGUGCUGGGAGAGCCUGGUAGCAUUGGGAAACUGGGUACGAAGGGAGAGGUCGGUGUCUCUGGGGAACAGGGAAUCCCAGGACCCCCGGGUCCUAUGGGAUUGAGGGGUUACCCUGGAAUGAUGGGCCCCAAGGGAGAGGUGGGACCUCGUGGUUACAAGGGCAUCAACGGACCAGUUGGCCAACCUGGACCCCCAGGUGAGGAGGGACCCCAGGGACCACCUGGAGAGGCUGGGAAGAAAGGAGAUUUGGGUGGCCGAGGUAUCAAGGGCCCACAUGGAGCCGUUGGCAAGAAGGGAGAGAACGGUCUGCCUGGUAUUGAUGGAAAGGAUGGCACUCCUGGCAUCCCUGGAAUCAAGGGUGCCCCAGGGCAGGCUGGGAGGCCUGGUGGUCCUGGUCACCAGGGAACAGCAGGUUUGCCUGGCAGCCCCGGAACCAAGGGUGGACCUGGAGGCAAGGGAGAGCCUGGUCCCAGAGGCCAUGUUGGAAUGUCUGGUGCCCCAGGACCUCAGGGUGAGCCUGGUCUUCCUGGUGAAGCUGGUAUGGAGGGUGUUCCUGGUCCUAAGGGUGACAGAGGCCAGAGGGGAGCUGUAGGGCCACAGGGUGUACUCGGCAAGGCAGGCAACAAGGGUAUGAGAGGACCCAUGGGUGUUCCAGGGGCUCAAGGCAUCUCAGGAACUAAGGGAGAUAAGGGAUUCCAAGGAAAAGUUGGGGCGAAGGGAGACUUUGGGGAUCCUGGUGUAGAAGGCUUGGCUGGGGAGAAAGGAGAGACGGGUUUGGGUGGAGAGCCUGGACCCAAAGGACAGCAAGGAGUGAGGGGAGAGCUAGGGUUCAACGGCCCCACAGGAGACUCAGGUAAACCAGGAGACCAGGGACCAGGAGGACUGCCCGGGCCUCGUGGCCUCAACGGAGAGAGAGGACUGCCAGGGAUGCCAGGAAUCGUGGGGGCAGCUGGACGGGAUGCAUCUGACCAGCACAUCAUUGAGGUGGUUCUGAAGAUGCUGCAAGAGCGUCUGGCGGCUGUAGCGGUGAGCGCUAAGCGUGCCGUACUGGGUGGAGCCGGUGUCAUGGGUCCCCCUGGUCCUCCUGGACCCCCAGGAGCUCCCGGUGGUCAGGGCCCACACGGCCUCACCGGCGCCCGAGGCAUCCCUGGCAUGUUUGGAGCCUCCGGCCAGAUUGGCAACACCGGACUGAAAGGAAAGAGAGGAGCAAAGGGAGACCGAGGAAAUUCUGGCAAACCACAUCCUGGUCAGCCAGGACCCCCUGGAAUACCAGGUCCUCCUGGUAUUGACGGCGUGGCUCGAAACGGUAAGCCUGGCGAGCGAGGCCCCCAGGGCUCUGCAGGAGAGGCUGGUCGUCCCGGUAAGGCGGGCCCCACUGGUCUUCCAGGGUUCUGUGAGGCUGCAGCCUGCCUAGCUGCCUCGGCCUACACCUCCCCCAGACUACAGGACUCCGCCAGGGUCAAGGGCCCCGGAGUCUAACCUGAGACCUCUCCAUCAAGAGCCCCACAACACCAGGAGGGAGAGAGAGAGAGAGAGACAGACAGAAGAGAGAGAGGAGGGAUAGAGGAGAGAGAAAGAGAGAGACCACUCUCCUUCAUUGGAUAUCAUUGAGAGCGAGAAGUGGGGGCAAUACGAUCGUGAAUGAUGUUGUUCCCUGACCCUUAAACUGAUGACCUUCAGUUCUACUGUUUAGAGACUCUGUUUGCAACACAUACCACAUCCACCCACUUUAAAUCACCAUGAUGACAGCCACUCACAGCCAAUAACACCCCUCUGAAUUUAUAAUCUCUGGUCAGGGAUUGGCAGAUGUAAAUAUCAGUCACGUCCAACUGCCCCACACCCACCACAGAGGGAGAGAGAAUGAGAGAGAGAGACGUAGUGACAUCUGAAUAUCAUGUCCAGUGACAUCAUUGAUGACGUCAUCAUCAGCCGUAGCCCCUGGACUGGGAGGAGCAGAGAUAUACUUUGAGUCCAAUGAUUGGUGUUUUUGUUUUGUACCGUGGUCACUUUAAAUUGGAUUGAUUUAUAUCUGAAAUAUUAAUAUUUAAAUAUAUGUUUUGAAGGAAAUAAUGCAAGCAUAUGCCCACCUCCUCUCCCCACCAAACAAGAAGUGCCGUACAAGUGUACGCAAAGGUACCAAUAAAACAUUAAAAUCAAAAUCUACACUCCAUACUGUACCUUUGGAAGAUGUAUUGCUAAACCUGUCACCUGUAUGCUUGAGUGAAAUAGUCAAACCCCUUUUUUGCUCACAUGUACAGUGCCACCCCCGUCUACUUCCGCCUCAUUUAGAAACAAAUGAUUUCUUUAGAUUUGAUAUUUUCCUGUAGUUGCCUGGCAACAGCAUAUCCUGAUGGGCACUCCCAUCUAUCUCCCAUAAUACAGUGCUGUAAAUCUUUGUAAAUGUGUGUUAAUUUUAUGUAGAGAAAAAAAAGAGGAUGGGUUAGAAUAUGAACCGACCAAAACAACCCCUGUGUUAAUGAAUCUAAUCAGCAAUAAAGUUUCAAAGUUCAAAUGACUGCUUUUCCAAACAGAUCAGUUACACAAAUCAAUAUUUAUAUGCCACUGUCAACUAACUUCCAUGGAGUCAAUCAAUGUCAACAUUCUAACAACAAACAGGACUGAUUAUUUUCAUUAACAGAAGCAAUUCUAUUUGUUGUUCUUUAUAUAAUUCAUCUGUAAAGACUUAGGUUAGAUUUUUUUCCCUGGUUGUUCAGGUCAACCAAUUCCAAACCAAUAAAGAAGAAUGUUUUGUAAAAACCUGAAUGUUCUUCUCUCUCAUGUGGGAACUGUUGGAGCUCUGAAAAGAAACGAUUGUACAAAAAUGACAUGGCCUUUAUUCCAUUGGUCUUAAAGAUGGGUUGAUGGAUAUAGUCUAGUCUUUCUCUGUCUGUGUGCCACACUCCAGUCCAGUCGUUGCUGGUGAUACACCCUUCAAAUUGGUUGCCAACUGUUUUCCAAGAAAAUACGAAAGUGCUGCCUAACUGCAUGUAGUUUACUGCCUCGACUACAGGAUAAUGACAUUCACUAUUGUAGGGCUAGGUAUUCUGGGUAUAAAGCCUAUACCAUUUAGAGUGUCCCCAAACACCCAGUUCAGUUUCUGUCUUUCUUUAGUUGUAUUUCUGCUGAAUCAUCAUCAGUUUAUCCUGCCCUAUCCUCCUGUGUGUAAUACAACGUCAUUACAUCA